AUGACUUCACUUCCGUAACCCAAACACCGUACGGAAGUUCUGUGGAUAACAGUGUACCGGUAGCAGUGUCACAUAUGAGAAAAAAACAACAUUAGUUAGACUCUGUUCCUGAAACCAGAGUACAUGCCGCACGGAGGAGCUUCAACAUGUGUCUGCUCAGAGCUGGAAACACAAUACUGCUGUUGCUACCAUUGCUGCUGCUGUUUGGACAAUCACUAAGUGUAUCCCGCUCAUUCAGCAUCGAUUACCAGAAUGACUGCUUUCGGAAAGAUGGGGACGUUUUUCGUUACAUAUCCGGAAGCAUCCAUUACUUCAGGAUUCCUAGGAUCUACUGGAAAGAUCGACUGUUGAAGAUGUACAUGGCGGGAUUGAAUGCCAUCCAGACGUACAUUCCAUGGAACUUUCAUGAGGAGUCACCUGGAGUUUACAAUUUUGAAGGAGACAGGGAUUUCGAACAUUUCCUUCAGCUGGCCAAUGACAUUGGUCUACUUGUCAUCCUUCGGCCUGGACCUUAUGUGUGCAGUGAGUGGGACAUGGGAGGCCUGCCUGCCUGGCUUCUCAAGAAGAAAAACAUUGUACUGCGGUCCUCAGAUCCAGAUUACCUCGCAGCAGUGGACAGGUGGAUGGGGAAGUUGUUGCCCAGGGUCAAACCGUAUCUGUAUCAGAGUGGUGGUCCCAUCAUCUCUGUACAGGUAGAGAAUGAAUACGGCAGUUACUUUGCUUGUGAUUACAACUAUCUGCGACACCUGACCAAACUGUUCAGGUCCUACCUUGGAAAUGAUGUGGUGCUGUUCACCACAGACGGCGGCGGCAUAAGCUACCUCAAAUGUGGAACAAUACAGGAUGUCUAUGCCACCGUGGACUUUGGGCCAAAUGGAAAUAUCUCCGCUGGCUUUGCAGUACAGAGAUACGCUGAACCUCAUGGACCUCUGAUCAACUCUGAAUUCUACACUGGCUGGCUGGAUCACUGGGGCUGGCCUCACUCUGUAGUUGCCACCAGUCAACUGACCAAGUCACUGAACACAAUUCUGGCCAUGGGAGCAAACGUCAACAUGUACAUGUUUAUAGGAGGAACAACUUUUGGAUACUGGAACGGUGCGAAUACACCUUACGCACCACAGCCCACCAGCUACGACUUCAAUGCUCCCCUCUCAGAAGCAGGAGACCUCACAGAGAAGUACUACGCCGUCAGAGAAGUGAUUAAAAAGUACCGGAAGAUACCAGAGGGACCAAUGCCACCAUCCACUCCAAAAUAUGCAUAUGGUUCUGUGACCAUGAAGAAGCUCCAGACAAUAACAGAUGCCUUGGAUAAACUGUCUCUGUCUGGUCCGGUCAAAAGCAAGUAUCCUCUGACAUUUCUUGAUUUGAACCAGGCCUUUGGAUUUGUGCUGUACAGAACAUUUCUACCUCUUGCCUGUAUCACACCGAUUCCACUCUCAUCCCCUCUGAAUGGAGUUCAUGAUAGAGCUUAUGUGUCUAUAAAUGGGGUGGCCGUAGGAAUUCUAGAAAGAAACAAAGUCCUGUCCAUUAAUGUGACUGGGAACGCCGGCAGUCAGCUGGACAUUCUGGUGGAGAACAUGGGACGAAUCAACUAUGGAAAAGACAUCAACGACUUCAAGGGCUUGGUGACUAACCUGACCCUCGGAGAGUACGUGCUCACAGACUGGACCAUGUAUAGUCUCAGUAUAGAUGAGGCGAUUAACCAGGGAAUCAUCGACGAAGAUGGGGCUGCACCAGAAGACCCUCCUCAGCCAGCUGCUCUUUCUCUACCAACCUUUUACAGAGGAAGCUUCAUCAUCCCUGACGGCAUCCCAGACCUCCCACAGGACACCUACAUCAAACUGCCCAGCUGGAGAAAGGGCCAGAUCUGGAUUAAUGGCUUCAAUUUGGGGCGUUACUGGCCGGCUCGUGGGCCUCAGGUGACACUUUUUGUUCCGGCCCACCUUCUCAGCACUGCAGUACCAAACAAUUUGACCGUACUGGAGCUGGAAAACGCUCCAUGCAGCUCAGGGCCAUGUACUGUGGAGUUCACAGACAGUCCAAUCAUAAAUGCAACAGUCCUUCCAAACUACAAACAGUCCUGGAGCCUGUUUGAUAAGGGGAUUAUGUUGGGGUUAUGAGAGAAAUCAUUGUGGUAUAAAAUUAAAUAAGCACUCCUUAAAUGUUGUGUUUUACUCUGUCAGUAAUUUUUGGUUUCUCUACCUCAACUGGAUUUCAAUAUUGAAAUGGGACUUUUAUUGAUUAAAGAGCCAACGGUAAAGUUUGUGUUUUGAAUGUAUUUUGAUUUUUUUUUGUGUGUGUAUGUGUGUGUGGAAAAACUGUGUUCUAACACUGUGUAUCCUUUGUCUUUCAUUUUAAUAAUCAUAUUACAUAUUAAAGGUUAUUUGCCUAUUUUUAAGAUUUUAAGAAGAAAA